GUUGUUCUUGAAAAGAUACAUUGAGGGGUUUUUUGGUUUUGGUUUAAUGGAUGAGAAUAGAGACCUUUUAUGUACAGAAACAGAAAGUUUUGAUUUUGAUGAUCUUGAUUCUUUGACUAUAGGUCAAAAGAAGAAUGAAAUUAAUAAUAAAGAUUUGAUCUUUGGCAAAAAUGGUAGUAGAUCAGAGGUUUUGAUUGAUUUGCCAAAGAUAAGUGAAGAAAGCUUUAGCUUUAUGGUGAAAAGGGAAAUUGAUUUUUUGCCUAAAGAUGAUUAUUUGAAGAGAUUGAGGAGUGGGGACUUGGAUUUGAGUGUGAGAAGAGAGGCAAUUGAUUGGAUUUGGAAGGCUUGUAUGCACUUUGGAUAUGGGAAGCUGAAUUUUUGUUUGUCGAUUAAUUACUUGGAUCGGUUUCUGUCUCUAUAUGAAUUGCCUAGAGGUAAAACUUGGGCAGUUCAAUUGUUAGCUGUGGCCUGCCUAUCAAUUGCAGCCAAAAUGGAAGAGAUUCAUGUUCCUUUGAUUGUUGAUUUGCAGGUUGGAAAUCCUAAGUUUGUAUUUGAAGGCAAAACUAUACAAAGAAUGGAACUUUUGGUACUAACCACAUUGAAGUGGAGAAUGCUAGCUUAUACACCUUGCACAUUCAUUGAUUAUUUUGUAAGAAAGAUGAAUGGCGAUCAAAUCCCAUCGGAGCGUUUGAUUUCUAAAGCAAUGCAAUUGAUGUUAAGCUCCAUAAGAGGCAUUGAUUUCUUGGAAUUCAGGUCUUCUGAAAUUGCAGCAGCAGUGGCAAUAUAUGUUUCAAAGGAAAUGCAAGCUAAUGACAUUGGCAAGGCAAUGCCUUGUUUCAUACAUGUACAAAAGGGCAGAGUGAUGAAGUGUCUUGAACUGAUUCAAGAUUUGACAUUGGUUAGUGGGACUAUGACCACUGCUACAACUAUUACUACUACUGCCUCAGUACCUAAAAGUCCCAAUGGAGUGUUAGAAGCUGCAUGUUUGAGCUACAAAAGUGAUGAGAGCAUAGUUGGAUCACAAACAAGUCCAGAAAAUAAAAGGAGGAAACUUGACACAUCUUUAGAGGAGGGGACUUGACAAAAGUUAUGAAUCUUGAAAUUCCAUCCCCACGCCCACCCCCUUACCCCCCCCCCCCCCCCUCCAAACAAUUUUGGCUAAAUGGGAGAAUUUGUGUGGUUAUGCAAAAAAAUAA